AUGUCAUUUAAUAAUCCGUUCGCUCGGGCCAGAUCCUGUGACAAUGGGCAGGCCGCCGUCCUCAAACACCUCUUUUGGGCCAAUUGGAACCGACGAAAGUAAGCGAAAUUUUUUCGAUUUUUUUAAAUUUUUUUCUAUUUUUGUCGUUUUUAAGACGAAAUAAUACUAAAUUUUUUAAUACAGUAGAUUACUAGUACUCUGUAAACUUUUUAAAAAUUAAAAUAAAAUUCAAAAUUUCGAUAUUUUUAAUAAAAAAAAUGUUUUUUAUGAUAUCUAUAUAUACUUAAUGUUAUUUUAAUUCCAAUCCCAGUAUGAAAAUUUGAGUCAACAUUUAAUCCUUUUGAAUGGAGCUCUUGUUUUGUCGGGAUUACAUACGCUUGUCUGUCUUUUUCUUUUUUUUUGAUCUCUGAACGCGUACUCAGAACGUGCAGGUAGAUGUAAGGAGCAAAAAAAGUAUAGUGAUGUGGGCUUCGUCUUUUUAUGGAAAAAUACCGGUUUGGAGUUUCAAAAAACGAUUCCAAAAUUUUUCAUUUAAAAAAUAUUACUUGGUUAGUGUAAAAUACGAAGUGAACUUUUUAGUUUAAAAAAAUAUUUUUUUUUAUCUUUUUUUAUUUAUUUCUUGUCAGAAAGGAACUUUAUAAAAUACGAAAUAAAUGCCAACUUUUUUUUAUUUUUUUUUUAUUUUUUUAUUUUUAUUUUUUUUUGUUAAAAUUUAAUAUAGUGUAAAAUACGAAAUGAACUUUCUAGUGUAAAAAAAUACUUUUUUAAUCUUUUUUGAUUUAUUUCUUGUCAGAAAGAAAUUUAAUGUAGCGUGAAAUACGAAAUAAGUGUCAACUUUUUUUAUUUUUUUAUUUUUUUUUUGUUAAAAUUUAAUAUAGUGUAAAAUACGAAGUAAACUUUCUAGUGUAAAACAAUAUUUUUUUAUUUUUUUUUAUUUAUUUUUUGUCAGAAAGGAACUUUAUAAAAUACGAAAUAAGUGCCAACUUUUUUUUAUUUUUUUAUUUUUUAUUUUUUUGUUAAAAUUUAAUAUAGUGUAAAAUACGAAGUAAACUUUCUAGUGUAAAACAAUAUUUUUUUAUCUUUUUUUAUUUAUUUCUUGUCAGAAAGCAACUUUAUAAAAUACGAAAUAAGUGUCAACUUUUUUUUUAUUUUUUUAUUUUUUUUGUUAAAAUUUAAUAUAGUGUAAAAUACGAAGUGAACUUUUUAGUGUAAAAAGUAUUUUUUAUCUUUUUUUAUUUAUUUUUUGUCAGAAAAGAACUUUAUAAAAUACGAAAUAAGUGUCAACUUUUUUUUAUUUUUUUAUUUUUUAUUCUUUUUUGUUAAAAGUUAAUAUAGUGUAAAAUACGAAGAAAACUUUCUAGUGUAAAACAAUAUUUUUUUAUCUUUUUUUAUUUAUUUCUUGUCAGAAAGGAACUUUAUAAAAUAGGAAAUAAGUGUCAACUUUUUUUUUAUUUUUUUAUCUUUUUUAUUAAAAUUUAAUAUAUUGUAAAAUACGGCAAGAAACCAUUUUUACUUUUUUUUUAUUUUUUUAUUUUUCUUUUUUAUUUUUUUUAUAAAAAAAAUUUAAUAUAAUGUAAAAUACGACAUAGCAAUUUUCUUAUUUUUUUAUUUUUUCAAAUUUUGUUUUCCUGUUAUCUUUACGGUCUAAAUCUGUCCGCCGACCAGCAGACAAUCAAUCCAGACGUUGUUCCAGACACCAAUAUUCUUUUUUCAUCUUUGGAGCUUGAGUUCUUUUUUUUCAUUACUAUCAAUGUUCUCGGUAAAUGGACGCUAUGGCGUGCCAGCAAAAAAUAAAAUGAUGUCGACGGAGCCAUUUUGCUGCGUAAAUUGGAUGAAAAAGCUGUGUAAAAAUUUUAAAAAAUUUUUAUUUUAUUUUAUUAUUUUUUUUUAUUAUUUUUUUUUCUUCCUUAAAAAACAGUUUUAUUUUUAUUUUAUUUUUAUUUUUUUAUUACUUUUUCCAAGAAAUUUCGGCUGGUUCUUCCAGUAUUUACCUCCACUUUUUUUGUUGAAAAAGUAUGAUUACGUAAAGUGAAUUUUAAUUACUCGUUUACUCUGACGGAUUAUUUGCGUGCGUUUCAUUUGGUAAUUUCGGAAAAUGCCAAAAUCUCAAUUGCCUAUUCUUCGAAUUCGUUAGUUUUGUUGUCGAAAUGAAAAGAGAAAUUUUAUGGAAAGGAAAUUUUUUAUACGAGCCAAUUUUAUAAAAAUUUAUAUAUAUAAAUUUUUUAUAUAAAUAUAAAAUUUUAUAAAUUCUAUUAUAUAAAUUUUUUUUGGCUUUUUUGAUAAAAAACAAAUAAAAAAAUUACAAAAAAACUUAUAUUUUUUUAAAACAAUAUUAGUUUAGGAACCAUUUUUCAGAUGUUUUACACAAUUACAGGAGAAUAUAUAUUUUUGGUCGAUUCUUUUUUGGAAUCUUUUUUUUUGGUUUCUUUUUAUUUUUCUUAUUUCGAUAAAAUUUUAUAUACGUCAAACUGCAUUAAAAAUAUUUUAAAAAUUUAAGUUUUUUUUUGAAAAAAAAUGUUACAAAAGAUAGAAUUUCAGACAUUUAUCAGUCUGUCGGGAAAAUAAUGAGCACUCUGUCGGAUCGAAAAUCACAUCGCCGAGAAAAUGAAUUGUCUUUGCGGCAAAAUCAAAUGUUUUCACUUCAACAACGCUAUCGGCGCAAGGACAUUGUGCUCGUUAUUUUCCCGACAGACUAAUAUUUUUUUUUGAAUUGCAGAAAAAAAUGAGAAAAUACAAAACGUGGAAAAAUUUUGUUAUAGUAUUUACUUUUUUAUUUUAUUUUUCCGUACUUUUCAAAAUCCCAAAAUCUGACAAAUUAAAAAUUUUUUUCUCACGUCACUUUACAACGUCUAAGCUCUCAAAAACAAAAAAAAGAUAAAAUUUCCGUCUCUCACUUCCCGGUUCGUGCCCUGCGGGCAUUUGCACAAAAUUAGCGGGGACAUUGUUGGGGGACUUUUUUUCGAAUUUCUAUUUUUGCCCGUCCUAAUCCUUGAAAAAGAGCCAUUGCUUUUGGAAAAAAUGGGGCCGAGAAAUGGAAGAGAAAUAUCCGAAAAAGGCCAAAGGGAGAUUUUUCGGGCCUCGUGGGUUUCGGCUUUUUUCUUUUUUGGCGUGCCGAAGCAAAUACUCCUCGUCGCAAUCGCGCAUCAAAUCUCCAGUUUUUUGUCGCUGACGGGGAGUAUCAGUCUGUCGGGGAAAUAAUGUGGAUUUGUCGCUGAAAGGGGGGUGUCAGUCUGUCGGGGAAAUAAUGUGGAUUUGUCGCAAAAAAAGUCUCCAACUGCCGUUGCAAAGGGACAAUGAACGAUUCCGGUUUUGCGACAAAUCCACAUUAUUUUCGCGGCAGACUGAUACUCUCUUAUCAGCCACAAAUCCACAUUAUUUUCCCGACGGACCGGUAGCUCUCCGUCAGCGAAAAAUCCACAUUAUUUUCCCGACAGACUGAUACUUCGAUUCGCCUGCGAAAAAUCCACAUUAUUUUCCCGACAUACUGGUACUUCACCAAUAUUUAGAUAACGAACACUUUCAGAGGUCCGUAACGUCGCUUUUAGUUCAAAAUAAACCUCCGUACAACGACAUCUUGCUAUAGCAAAAAAAUUUUUUCCCCUCACAAUUUCUUGCACACAGGGUUGGCUGUAUUUCCUUGGUGGCUUGAAGGCCAUGGCACAGAUGAUUUUUUGCAAGUUUUUUCCAGUUUUUCAUUGUUUGAGGUUUAGGAAAUCAAUAGCUAGUCUGUUCGCAAAGUCGCUGGAAUGAUUCUCGGCGUAUGUACUUUGCAGAAAAAGUCGGGGUGCAAAAAAGCCUAUUGCACGGUGCAAAAAUGAAAAGAUUUCACCGUGCAUAGUAAACUGUGGUUUUCGCACAGCGCAUGUCGCGAAGCGACUUUGCGAACGGACUGAGGAGAACACGUGUGAGUUUGCGAAGAGCCUACAGCUUAGUUUUUUAAAUUUUUUAUCCAAACGAUCGCUAUUUUAUGACAAUUCUAGUCCGUCGGGUAAAUAUUGUGCACAAUUUCGCUGUGCCGAUCUUGUCGCUGAAGCGAAAAGCGAUUUGAUUUUGUCGCGGUACGAUUCAUUUUCCCGCGGCAAUUUGACUUUCGAUGUGGCAUUGUGCUCAUUAUUUUCCCGACAGACUGAUAGCAAACAUAUUAUCAUCAAGAUUGUGUAUGGCAAAAAAAUCAAAGAUUUACAUGUUUAUUACUUUUUUGAGGUCUAAAAAUGAGAUGACUCUGCACAACUAAUAUUAAGAGAACAAAUAAUUUUUUUCAUUAAACAUGGGGUUUGUUGUAUGGAGAUUCCUUUUGACCUAAAGUUGACUUAUGAGACCGCUGAAAUCGUUCGUUAUGGGCAGGUCUUGUUGUACAGAGUUUCCACUGUAUCUCGUACAAGAAGGGCGUAACUAUCCCUAACUAUCCAAAAAUAGCCAUAUUUCCGUUUAUAGACUUGUAUUUUAGAAUUCUCCACUAUAGCUACAUUACUUUGCAUAUUUGCUCAACUUACGGUAUUUUUUGUUUUUGAACCUUUAAACUAUCUUUUAAUUGUAGAAAUUGUACCCAAUUUAGACUAUGAUUAUUAAUAGUGCUGGCUAAUUAGAGACCGAAAAUGUGGUCUUGCAGACCGUAAUUUUACUUUCCCAUCGCCUCUUUCGUACUUUGCGAUAUAACUUUGUGAGUCACAAAUGUAAAGUACAAUAUCUUUUCUCUCUCUCUCUCGUUGUAUGUGUGGAGUUACAAUUAGUAUUUUCGUUGAGCAAAGAGCAUAAUACUUUGCAAAAUAUCGAAAUAAAGGUUCGUACAUCUAUUUUGUUUUGGGGUUAAGGGAGAAACAAAUUUCAGUGAAAUUUUGUCUUUCAAGCCGUAAUGUAAUGUUGCUUUUUUGUACGAUUUUAAUGCUGUUUUUUGUUGUUUAUGAUCUUCGCUUUUUACUAUUAGUUUUUUCAUAAAGUAGUAGUGAAACCCACUUAGAGUGUGGGGCCUGAUCCAGUGGCAAAAGACGUACCAUUUUGCAGCCAGGAAGUAUCAAAAAAUGUGGCAAAAUACCUCCCUCUCCAAGUGAAGCGAUUCGCGACGAAUCCACAUUAUUUUCCCGACAGACGGAUAAAAAAAAAUAAAAUUUUUGAGCUUUUUUCAGACCUUUUCUGUGGCCAAUGCGCUAUCUGAAAGUUUGCUGAAAAUCAUAGGGCGCAGCUCGGAGAAAUUGCACGGGCGCAGCUGGCCAUUUUUACGCCCACUUUUUAUUCCAAAAACCUAUCAAAAUGCCAUCAAAAAUUAGUGUAUCCCCAACGAACCGUGUUCCCCAACUUUUUUUUGUGACCUUUUUUCCAAUUGACCAGUCAGAUGUCUUCUUGCCUUCCCCUCCCUGCAACUUCGCUUAAUCGAAUGGAUUAUGCAUCAUGUGUCGCGGUGAAUUCGCGGUUGGCCUUUUGUGGAAAUGGCGGCAGUUUUGCCGAACCCACUUCGAAAUUUAUUGGUGUAGAAUCGGUAAUGGGACUGGUCAAGUGACUGGAAAUUUUUUUUUACGUGGCAAAAACUUACCAUAUUUUCAUACAGUGGGGACCUGAUCCAGUGGCAAAAAACGUGCCAUUUUGUAUCCGGGGAGUGUCGGAAAUGUGGCAAAAUGAUUCACUUUCCAAGUGAAAAAACUUCGUUUUGAAGAGCGCGAUCUUUCCGUCACAAAAAGAGCUUUUUGAAAUCGGAGUUUUUCACUUGGAAAGGGAAGCAUUUUGCCACAUUUUUGAUACUUCCCGGAUGCAAAAUGGCACGUUUUUUGCCACUGGAUUAGGUCCCACUGUAUGACCACUUUUUCUAAUGAAGUGGACGUUCAAACGUAGAUAAGUAUUGAGAGUAGACACAAGACUUGGGAUUAGAUUUAUUGAGACCGCACACAGGGAAAGAGGAAAUGAGAUUAUGUUCUUACAAUUGGUGACGAGACGUUGCUUUUAUAUGAGUUGGUUUAUGCUAAUUUCUGUGGGAAUUGUGGGGACCUUUGAGGCUCCACAACACUAAUUUUAUUAUAGUUUUUUUUGUAUUUCUAACCAUUGUUUUCUUGACGUCGAGCCAAAUUUGGCACACUUAUUCGAAAUAGAUCACUGGUAAAUAACUGAAAGUUUUAGCUCGCAAAUUUCAGCGAGACCCGAGAUAUUGAUCGAUCUUUUUUGAUCUUUUUGGAGAGACUACGUAAAACGAGGAGAGUCGGAAGGACGGAAAACAUUUUUCGUUUAUAACUUUUUGAAUACGUCUCAGAAAAACAUGAAUUUUUGUAGACACAUUACACAUUCGACUAGUAAUAUAUCCUGAAAUUUUCAAACCAACUAUCGACAAUUUUUUUUUUUUGAGAUUUUUCAAAUUUUCGGGCUAAAAAUCUCGAUUUUUACUGCAAAUUUUUCACUUAAACUUUGUCAUAUGCCUUGUAUCAUCAGAACUAAAGUGAUAAAAUUUAGGGUACACUGCAAAAAAAAUUGAGUUUAUCAGUCUGUCGGGAAAAUAAUGAGCACUCUGUCGCAUCGAAAAUCGCAUCGCCGCCGAGAAAAUGAAUCGUCUUUGCGGCAAAAUCAAAUUGCUUUUCACUUCAACGACGCGAUCGGCACAGUGACAUUGUACUCAUAAUUUUCCCGACGGCCUGAUUUCUGUUUCUAUUACUGCUAGAGAACUGUUAGAUAUUUAAGUCUGUCGGGAAAAUAAUGUGGAGUUGUCGCAGAAAAAUGUUUCUCAAGACGCUACUCAUUAUUUUCCCGACAGAUUAAUACUUGCAUUUUCCUAUUUUUCUGCAAAACCUUGCAAUCUCCGUCAUCUUCCCAACAUUUCAACAUUUUCCACUCCUCAAUUAUUAUCUCUCUAAUUACCUUGCUAAUUACGGCUAAAAAUAGAAAAAAAAAAAGAUUUGGCUCACGUCAUGUUAUUACUCUCUCCAAGCUCUCCAAAACAACUUGAGUAGGUGUGCUUUUGCCCCCCAGCCUUUGGCCACUGUCCCGCCGCCGGCAAAGUGUCAAUCACGGCCACCUGAAGUGCGUCUCGGGCUUCUAAUGAACGCGCCCGUUUCUUGUGCGGCCCCCCUAAAUCCAAUCACGACCCCGAAAAUGUUCGAAAAUGUUCGCUUGAGGGGAUAUGCCGGAAAUUGGGGGGUUUAAAUCCAAUUUCAGAGGGCUUUUUAUGGAAGUGCCGGAGAGGGGUUUUGACCGAAAAGGGCAACAGGCGACAUUUGAUGUGAUUUGGCGACAAAGUGAGGGGAAUUUGGAGGGUUAUUUUUGGGAUUUUUUGGCGGAAAUUUUUGUUUUACAAAUUGCUCUAUGGCCUCUAGGAGAGGUGAAACAUGGCAAGACUUGGCUUCUAGUCAUUCGCAAAGAGUGAAGUUUUUGCGACAUGCACUGUGAGAAAACAAAAGUUCACUUUGCACAGUGCAUGUCGCGAAAAUUACUGCAGCGACUUUGCAAACGAAUUUUAGAUGCCCCAAAUGUCAAUUUUACUUUUGAAGUACUCCGUGUGCGACGAUCAGAUUUUUUAUUUUUUUCUUGUAGACUAGAGGUGGCAAUCGGGCUGGGCCGGGCCCAGCAAAAUAAAGCACAAAUGCUUUGAAGAAUGGAUGGAAAUUAGAUUAAACCUUUUUUGACUUAUACGCUGUUUUACUACCUUUUAAAAUUAUGUAUUACCUUAUAACGUCCAUACUUAAAUCCAACUUUUUGGCUAGGUUUUAGCUACCUGUACGGAUGUUCCAGUCGUCCGACUGGACAUUUUAAUUUCACGCAGACACACGUAAAAACCUUCUGGAAAGCAUAAGAACUUCCAGUAGAAAGUGCAGAGACUUUUAUCCAACUUUUCUGUAUUAGCGGGCCAAACCGGGCCGGGCCGGCCUGAGCAAAUUUGAAAAAGCCCUGGUCACUUCGGCCCGCGGGCCGGGCCGCAAAAAUCGGCCCUGACCGAUUGCCACUUCUAAUGUAGACGUUACCCAUUAUAGUAGAAAUUUUCAUGAGGCUUCCCAAAACUCGCAAAAAAGUGUCACAUUUUUUCCAACUUUCGUCCGAAAAAUCCCGAUAGUUUCUGCAAAGCGCGAGCUUGGAGUUUCGCAUAUGUUUUACAGGAAAAAUGAGUCAAAAUUUAUCCCAAGUUUCAAAAUUUAUCCCAGGUUCAGAAUCUGAGCGUCGCAAUUUGAGUACUCCCCGUAUGCGGCUAAAAUCAACAUUCCUCCAACUUUUCCCCCCCUUUUUGAAACAUACAUAUCGUAUCUUCUAAAGAUAAACGUAUCUCGUAUCUUAUAGAGAUUUCUUUAAGGCUUUCACUGUUUUUUGUUAUUAUGUUUUCUGUUUUUUGUUUUCUUUUUCAACGCCUGAAAAAAGUGUUUCCUUCUUGGGAUAAAAAUAAUUUUGUGCUCUUUGCUCCGCCGACAUCAUUUUCAUCCUAAUUUUGGCCGCGUGCAACUACUUAAAAUGCUAUUUAAAAUCAUCUAGUGUCCAAGGAAAGUUCGAAAAACAUUUAAUGGUGACUAACGAGGAAAUGGGACGCUUUUUCAACAGUGCGUAUGUCAGUCCGUCGGGAAAAUAAUGGGAAUUUGGUCGCAACAAAAAUCGCAAAAAUGAAUUGUCUUCAUGACAAAAUCAAAUUGCUUUUCACUUCAGCGACGCGACCGGCACAGCGGCAUUGUAGCCAUUAUUUUCCCGACAGACUGAUACAGAAAAUUUGUUUUUGAUCAUAAGUUUUCAAACUUUGACAAAGACAAUGAUUUUUUGUGGAAAAUGUUUGGUCCCGUUAGUAAUCGAGCCGCAAAUUUUAAGCCAAAAAAUCUCAAAAGUUUUGUAAGACCAAAAAAAUCUCAAAAAUUAAUGCACAUUACAAGCUGAAUACCAAGCGGUAAAAUCAAAUUUUUUCGUUUCAACGACCCGACAUAUUGCUCGUUAUUUUCCCGACAGACUUGUGGUACCCCAAAAGGUAACCUUUGGGGCAAAAGGUUACCUUUGGGAAACCACAUAAAAAAAUUUUUUUUUGUAAUUUUUUUUAUAAUUUUUUCGGUUUUUCUAACAGGGGAAGUACCCCAAGUGCGACGCUCAGAUUUGGAUGAAACUUGGCACAAAUUUAGAAUAAUUUUUUCUAAGAUAUAUGCGAGAAUCCUGGCUCGCGCUUUGCAAAAACAACAGAGAUUUUUAGACCGAAAGUCGGCGAAAAUUUGACACUUUUUGCAGAACUUCGACACGAAAAGUUUCAUGCCUAUUUCUGUUGCAAUGGGUAACGUUUCUACAAAAAAUCAAAAUUUUCCGUACGAAACUAGCGAAGUUAUGGCCAAAAAAGGUGUUUUCUCUCUGACCGCUCUCCACGUUUAGCGUGCUUUCUCGGCGGCAAAGAUCGUUCGAUAUCUCGGCGGCCCUUGCAAAACGCAAGCUAAAACUUUCAGGAAUUGAUACGUAGUCCAUGACCGACGUGUGUGCAAAAUUUAAAGAAAAUCUGAGCGUUGCACUUGAGGUAUUAUACUUCCCUUAUAAGUUGAGCAAGUCUUGAUUUUUACCUCCCAGUUGCUAGUUUGCUAUAAAAAUUAGGGAAAAAAGCUCUUUUCACCAAAUUUUUGGCAUCCCUCAUCACCUGAGUUUUCGCGGAACUUUUAGUUGCCCCAAGGCGUGGCCGGCGGGGAGGAAAUUCAUUUCGCCGCUAUUCAUUUCUCAUCAGAAAUGCGCGUAAAUAUUUAUACCCUAUUUAUGGAGCCGGGUCCCCGAACAGGCCACUUCUUUUCGCCUGUUUAUUCAUUACCUUGUGCUCGGAUGAGCGAUGGUUUCCAUCUUAAAUUUUUGAUGCCGUCCGGCGAUCUUUCGAUGGGGCUUUUGGGUUGAGAUGGAUGAGGGGGACAUGUGAGGAUUUGUACUAAAUAUAGUCGUAUUUUGUGAGAUCUAAAAAAAAGUUAUAAUCAAAAAAUUUUUUGAAAUUUUCAAGUCUCCGUUCUCAAACAAAUGUAUAAUUUUUUCUCAAAUUUGGUACCCGCAACGUACGAUGUCCAUAAAUCAAUUGCUGAAAAUUUUAGCUUGCUCUUGGCAUGCAUCAUCAGUCUGUCGGGAAAAUAAUGAGCAUUCUGUUGCUGCGCCGAUCGAGUCGCUAAAGUGAAAAGCAAUUUGAGCUCAUUAUUUUCCCGACAGCCUGAAAUCCAAAAAUCCAAAAAAUUAAACCGGCAUUUUUUCGAGAGAGCACGUAAAAAGAGAGAAAUCGGCAGAACAAAUAAAGAAAUAAAGGCUCCUUUCGCCUAAAACUUUCUGAAUAGCCCUUGGAAAUGACGGAUUUCUUGUGGAAGAGUUCUACACCUCAUCAUGUUCAUCAUUUACAGAGCCUGGGACUUUAAACGAAAAAUAAAAAAAUUAUUUUUUUUUAUUUUUUUUAUUUUUCGGACUGUCGCUUUGUCACCUUCCAAUCCCACUAUCAGCCUGUCGGGAAAAUAAUGAGCCUCUGUCGCAUCAUAAAUCGCAUCGCCGCGAAAAAAAAAAAAAAAAAAAAAAAAAGUGAAAAAAAAAUUCCGGUCAGCCCCACGCGAUCUCGGCGCUUCAACAUUAUGCUCAUUAUUUUCCCGACAGACUGAUAACGUUCUUGUUGCACAAUGCCAAAAAGUUUUUUGACUUCAUUCGAGACCAAAUUUGGUGUUAUCACUCCAAUUUCAGCUGAAAAUUUUCGGUUAUACCAUCAAGUCACAAGCCACAUCCUAGAAUUUUGUUUCGAUUUCCUAGAUUUUGUCUCUUUUUUUCACCUCAAUUUUCCCCCCACAACACACUUGUAUUAUAAUAUUUUAGUAUUAUUACGCACUUCUUUCGUCAAGUCCAUAAAAAAAGCGGGUUUUCCCGAAAUUCCGACGUAAACUUGUUGUUAGGAGACGCGUACAGUUCGCUUCGAAUGUUUUUUUGCAUUCCCCUCGUUUCACAACUUUAUAUUCUUUAUUUUCUCCCCGCUAGAACGGUCAUGAAUCCUCGAAUGGUGACAAAAACUUGCGUAAAUUAUUUUUUAUUGUUUUCUAGGGUAAAACAUAAGAAUCGAGUGAAAAUUCACGUCAAGAAACACCUAUAUGUACAUUGUAGCUGACGAACAGUUUGUUUGGCGGAAAACCCCAUUGUACUUCCUGUUGAGCGCGUCAUUUGUUUGCUUGAGGAGCAUUAUUACACCUGUAGAUGUAGCUAUCAUAUACAUGUAUGUACAUUAGGGUGGGUCGAAAAGUCUUGACAUGUCUUCGCAUUGUGUGGUCGACAUCGCGAAGUGCCUUUGCGCGACCUUUUGGCAUUUGAACUUCUUUCCAUUUGUUAUAUCAGUCUGUCGGGAAAACAAUGUGGAUUUGUCGCACCUUGGGGCCGCCCAUUAUCGCUUUGUGACGGCCUAGCCACGGCUGGAGAUUUGGUACGCGACUGCGACAAGACGAGACGUAUUGCUGCGAAAAUCCACGUUAUUUUCCCGACGGACUGUUAGAAUACAGCCAGAAAGAGUCAGACGCAGUGACGGAUCUGAUCCGGUUGCAAAAAACGUGCCAUUUUGCUUCUGGGAAGUAUAAAAAAAUGUGGCAAAAUGCCUCCCUCUCCAUCUAAAAAAACUCCGUUCUGAAGGGUCCUCACAAAAAGUGCGGGCGCGCUUUUGAAAUCGGAGUUUUUUCGCUUGGAGAGGGAGGUAUUUUGCCACAUUUUUGAUACUUCCCGGAUGCAAAAUGGCGCGUUUUUUGCCACUUGAUCUGGUCCGCCACUGUAUUUGGGAGGUCUGACUGAUAUGUCUUUGUAAGAUCCCUGCCAAAAGAAAAUCCAUCUUCUUUGCCUGUCAGAUAGUUUUAUAGUUUUACUCUAUCAGUCUGUCGGGAAAAUAAUAUGGAUUUGUCGCUGCUUGUAAUCGUAGCGGCGACUAGGCGCGGUUGGCAAUUUGUUGCGUUAUUUUGGCAAGGCCAGAGAUUUUGCUGCGACAAUUCCACAUUAUUUUCCCGACAGACCGAUAUAAAAAUUGUGUCAAGUGUUCAAAACUUGCACUACCCUCUCUGUAAAACUUAUUUUUCCUUGAAUUUGAUUCUACAAUCAUUUCAGCGACAUUUUAGACAUCAAACUUUUCGUUUUAAGGUUUUAUAGUCAUCACUACUCCAAGGCUUCCUGAUUUCUGGUCUUUCCCUAAUAUUUUCACCUUCCACAGAGUUUCCAAAUUCGUCUCCGAAGACCUCCGACUAUCGCCCUCCUCGAAACGGCCGCCAAAAUAAGCGAAUCCGGGAAACCGAAGCCCUUCUCGUUCCCCAUCGAUAAUCUUUGUUCCGGGGGACGGCGGGUCUGGGCGCGGAUAAACCACUGCGCAUAGGACAAUGUCAUGCGAGGAAAAACUCGAAAAAUGGUGGACUCGAAAUCCCCGAAAAGCUCUCGGGACGGAGCGAAGUUUUUUUCGGCGGGUCUUUUCGGUGUAAAACCCCCUAAUGCGCCACGCCGAAUGCCGGAGGAGGAGGUGGGGGGAAAAAGGCUGGACCCAGUGUUGGUUUUGUUUCGCGCUUACACUUUUUUUUCCACCGCUCAGAUUUUUGCACUUCUCCUCGGCCCCUUUUUCGGAGGGGAGUGGAAAUGGCUGCGGGGAUUUUAUAGGGAAUUUUGGAGGUUUUAUCAGUUUGUCGGGAAAAUAAUGUGGAUCCGUUGCGUCUUGAGAAAAAUUUUUCUCCGACAAAUCCACAUUAUUUUCCCGACAGACUGAGCGUUUCUAGACCAGUGCAAAGAUAAAUCAGUUUGUCGGGAAAAUAAUGUGGAUUCGUAGCGCCUCAAGAUCAACGAUGUGCGACGGCAUUUAUGAUCGCAUCUCCAAUUUUGCGACGAGGCGAGCAAUUUUUCUCCGACAAAUCCACAUUAUUUUCCCGACAGACUGAGCGUUCUACAGAAUAAUGUAAACAGAGAUAAACAGAAAUCAGGCUGUCGGGAAAAUAAUGAGCGAAAUGUCGCUGCGCCGAUCGCGUCGUUGAAGUGAAAAGCAAUUUGAUUUGGCCACAAAGACAAUUCAUUUUCUCGGCAGCGAUGCGGUUUUCGCUGCGACAGAAUUCUCAUUAUUUUCCCGACAGACUGAUAAAUUCAUUUUUUUUUGCAGUGUACCCUAAAUUUUAUCACUUUCGUUCUGAUGAUACAAGACAUAUGACAAAGUCUUAGUGAAAAAUUUGCAGUAAAAAUCGAGAUUUUUAGCCCGAAAAUUUGAAAAAUCUCAAAAAAAAAAUUGUCGAUAUUUGGUUUGAAAAUUUCUGGAUAUAUUACUAGUCGUAUGUAUAACGUGUCUACAAAAAAUCAUGUUUUUCUGAGACGUAUUCAAAAAGUUAUAAACGAAAAAUGUUUUACGUCCUUCCGACUCUCCUCGUUUUACGCAGUCUCUCUAAAAAGAUCGGUCAAUAUCUCGGAUCUGGCUGAAAUUUGCGAGCUAAAACUUUCAGUGAUUUACCUGUGAUCUAUUUCGAAUAAGUGUGCCAAAUUUGAAGCAAAUCGAAGCAAAACUUAUGGAGUACUAUGCGCUGUAAUAUCAUCACGUUAUUCAUACAAUUUCUCAACGAAUAACAAAAAUUUGUGCAUCGUAUUUUACAAAUUGCUUUUUAUUUCGUAUUAACAUUCCUGUGAGAGUAAAAUAACGUUGGAACAAACCGAAAACCAAACGGAAUGACGAGCUACGACAGAAAUCUCUAAAAAUGGAUUUUAAGCGUAUAGUCUUGUUGUAAUCAGCUUUAGCUGUUAGUAAAUAGCAUCUAAAGAGUUGUAAGAUACAAUGUGUAACAAUAGAGAGGGAUUUCAGCUUUGAAUUUAGGAUUUUUAAGGGGAAAAAUGGAUUUUUCUCCAAAAAUCACGAAAUUUUUUGAUUUUUAUAUCAAAAAUGAAUAAAAAUAGGGUUGAAAUGCGAUCUAAAUGGGUUUAAAAUGCACCAGGUUUAAUUAUGAUUAUAAAACUAACCGUAUUUUACCUUAAAUUGCUAUCUUUUCCUAGUAUUUUCAACUUUCCUCCCCAAAAUCCCUCAUUUCCUCCUAUUUCUCCUCAAGCCACGUGACCGCACGUCUAAAUUUAACCUUUGGUCGUCCCGUCCUGGAUUAAUUCCAAUGUUCCCGACACUUAAGCCUCUUAUUUUUUCAUUUGACUAAUUUUUACAUUGUAAUUUACAUUUUUGACACUAAAAUUGUACAAGAAUCUAAAUAAAGGGGAUUAAAAAUAAGUCUAGUUGUGAGGUCUAUACAGAUUACUAAUUCUGCUAGAAGAGGCAAUGUCAUUUCCUCUUUCCAACUGGAUUAUUGACCUCUAAUUCAAUGAAAAUCGCAAAAGAUUAGUAAUUUUUGCGGUUAUUUUCGGGAUUUUCCACUUUUUGAGCUCUUAACAGGCCUGUAAAUUGACAGUCAGAAAUUUUCACGGGCUCCUGAGUGCAUUACAAUCAUUUCUGACAUUUUCCUGCAAAUUUUCCGACAUUCCCUAAAUGUUGUGACAUUUCGUCGAAUUUCGCGACGAAAUGUCAACAAAUUAUUGGUUUCACACAAAGUUCUCGGAGCUUGUGCUGUGCAACGAAAUGUGCACGAGUACACAACACCCACGGCAUAGAACAUUCAUCACUUUCACGGUUUCGACUGGAAAUGCCAUUUUUUUCCAAUUUUCAGCGGCUUAAUGCCAUUUUUUCGUUUCCCGUCUCGUUUUUUGUUAUUCCCGAUGUUGUUUUCUAUUCAAAUAAUAUAAAGGAAGGUGCGGGGCACGUAUCUCGACUUGAAGGAAGCAGAAUAUUAAUGCCCUUUGUCGCAGAACGUGAUUAUAUCGUCUUAGUCACAAAGGUUUAUUUGAUUAGACAAUUUUAGGUAACUUAAUAUCUAAAUCAACGUCCUUAUUGGUUUAAUUUCUUUUUGAUGCCGUAAACAACGGUUUCCUCUGCAUUUACAGGGAUUUCUUUGCAGAAUUUGGCAAUUUUUUUAUGUUAUAUUAUCCAUGGUAAGAUUGAUGUAAUUUUCAUGCCGAAACCUUGUGUAAUGUCCUCAUUAUGGCGUAAUUCUCUGCGUAAUUACUUGUUACACCUUGUAAUUGAUUUCAAAGUUCGGGUUGCCUGGAAUUUUACAACUUUACAUUGAAUUUUGUGCAUGACACCAUUGCUGCCUAUAAAAUAAAUAAAAAUCCGCCAAUUUUCUCGCCUAAAAUACGUAUUUGCAGAAUGGAAGGCGAGCACGCCCCACCCGCGCCGCCACGACUCCCGAAACGGAGCGCCGCGGUGGGCUUGGCCGACGUUACACCACCAACUCCUCCCACCAACCAUCCCACAGAGCCGUUCGCGGCGCCACCAACGCCAACCAGCUCCAAACUGCUGAAUGUGUCGCAGAUGGUACGCCAACAGUCCGACACCACUGCCAACCGAAGGUUGACGCGGUCGCCUGCGAUUUGCGAGGAUGAGGUUCGGCCGCAGACCAGUCAGAACUCAACGGAUCGAGUAAGUCGAAUUUUUCGGAAUUUUGUGUGCUUUUGUGUUUAGGAUUGAAGAAAAAGAUAAAGGAAGGGAUGUCGGAGAGAGAAAAGGUCUAUUUCUUAUGGAAUUCUGGCUUUUUCUUUGAUUUUCCGAUAUUAUCCAUGACCGCUUAGACAAAAGAAGGUGAAAUUUAGUUAGAUUCGACGGCCCUCUGUCUUGAUUGGACAAGUAAGGUCAAAUAUGAUGUGGGCUUUUAUUUUAGUCCUCCCAAAAUAAGUAUUACGUUCUCGAUGGGAAAAGUAAAAUGGUGAACGUAAGAUCUCAGAGUUAGGGAUGAUUUGAAUAAAAUUUUUGACUGUAUGGGUAAAAUACGGAGGAACCCACCAAGUUGAGUGUAGGAGCAGAGCGAUGAAGCCUAUUUUGAGUCAGAAAUUUGGGUUAUUAGAGUAUUUUGACAAAGUUUUUUUAAAAUUUUCUUCAAAAAAUUGCAAAAUUCUCUAAAAACAACCGCGGCGCAGCGCCAAUGCCAUAACUUCCCAUAAAACACCCAAUUAGCCGUUGAGGCGGGCACGAUUCCCCUUCGGUAUCUUCAAAAAAUUCCGCCCAAAACCCAUUAAUUUUUGCCCUCAGAAUCGGCGAACAUUAAACUCGGGGGCCCGAAAAAACACACGCUCAUCAACAAACGUGCCAGGGAAGCCCCAGCCCACUUUGAUUGGAUUUUUUGGGGCCGAAAUUAGAAGAGGGGAAAAAGAGCGGCCGAAAAUUCGGCAAAGCGAAACGCAAAAAAUGCCCGUCGGGCGAAAGGUGGGAGAUUGUUCGGGAUCCCGGCCCCGGAUCGGUGGGUUUGUUGGGGGGCCGAAAUUAAUUUAUAGUGACCGAUCAAGUGCCGAAAUCGCUGGAAGCGGCCGAAAAUUUUGUUGUCGGGGAAGUUGAUUUUGGAAAGAUCUGUGUUGAUCUUGGUGGCUGCGUUGUUAGAAUAUGGUUUUGUUUGAUUUUGGGAGAAUUUUUUGACUUUUGUUUAUAAUAUACUAGACAAAAAAUCAAAAAAGUUGUAUUUUUUGGCCUUUUGCCUAGUGUAAUAUAAAUAGGGGUCAAAAAAGCUCUUCCUGAACUCAGGAUCAACCUCCAAUUGGUUUGUUAUUACUGUAUGCUUAGUUUCGGCUCGAUUUCGACCAUUGAAAAUCAAUGCAAUUAUUAUGGGGGAAUUUUUUGACCUUUGUUUAUAUUAUACUAGGCAAAAAGUCAAAAAAGUUUUAUUUUUUUGGCCUUUUGCCUAGUAUGAUAUAAAUAAUCGUCAAAAAAGCUCUUCCUGAACUCAGGAUCAACCUCCAAUUGAUUUUGUAUUACUGUAUGCUUUGUUGCGGCUCGAUUUUGACCAUUGAAUAUCAAAGUUAUGAACGUUUGUCCUCGAUUUUUUGAGAUUUCGGGCCUUGUUUUGACUUUUUCGUGGAUCUCGUGUGAGCCCAUCGGCUUUUGUCGGUCCUCCUCACUCUUGACGAGUGAUCGAACUUUUUCGGGUUUACUCUUGUGGAGGAGGUGAUUUGUGCGUGAUUCAUUGAAGCGGGGAACAAAGGUGUUGUACUCGUGUUUUGAUCGUCAUCUGCCUUCUGUUGGUCCUCUGUUGCGAUUGUUUUGUCGACCUUGAUGUUCGUAUUUGACUGUGUGUUCGUUUUGAAGGUGCUAUAGGUAUGCUUUCAUCUUGUUUUGGACGUUCUGUACCUUUUGUUAAGCAUUUGUGCCUAACAUAAGGUAGAUUUUUCUUGAUUUUCUUAAUUUUGUGUUGAUCUCUUGGUGAAUUUCAUCUAAUUGCUUGGCAGAAAAAGCAUUAAAAGACAGAAUAGACCUUGUCAUACCCUUCGCGUUUUAUGCGACCUCGUUUUUCAAUGCGGUUUCCUUGAAAAAUCGUCGUAAUUCAUCCACCAUCCGGUGUGGCUCUGAAGCCAUUCUGGAUUUUGAAUUAUAUCCCUCAAAGGUUCUGUGAAUGGCUUUUGAGAAAGGAUUUUAUUAAUUGAACAUGUGGCUGAUUGCCUUCCAGUCCUUGUGAUUAGACUUGUUUUCGGUCGGGUUUUUAUUGCUGAUUUAGAAAAACUCGGCUUUGCAGGCGAAAUUAAUGACUUUCGGUGCGUAUUGGGUGUUUCUUAGGCAGAUGGUGGUUUGUAAAAGGUGGCUAGGGUUGGGGUCAUCCAGUUCCGAGGAUGAUCUGAAAGUUGAAUUGAUUUGAACGCCAGCUUUAGACCAAAAAGAAAUUCUUGAUAAGAUACGCUUUGUAUUUGAGCCUACAAAUUCGAUGUGAAACAGUUGAGAGCCAAAGUCGCAUCUUCGGCCUACUGUAAGCCUUCGAAAUUCAAACGGGAACGUCGGGGAAUCCGUGUUUCCACGCCCGUUUUCCCAUUAUUUACCUACUUAAAAAUUGGCGCAGAGUUGUUGAGUAGGGCCCGCCAGGGAUAGACACAGACAUGGAGAGUGUGAUAGGACCUCGAGGUUGCCAACACGUGGGCGAAUUCGCGAUGAUUCGAAAAGUCGAAACGCCGAAAAUGACGGCCGAAAAAAUGGAGCGGACGGAAAGACGGUUUCGAGUUCUUUUUCUCGUCGUUUAUUCCGAGAUGUAGGUUUGGGAAGAUGAGUACCGGGUUCUCUCCCCCUCCCGUCCUUCCCAUCGGCCGCUCGUCGGCCGCUACUCCAGAAGGGUCUUUGGGGACCGUUUAAAGACGCCGAAACGCCACAUUUUCCAUCGCCGGAAUGUUUGCUGAAACCCGAACCCCGCCGUCGUUAACUGCCAUUAUUUCUGCAGCACGUGUGGAAUUCUCGAAAGGUUUUUUCUUGUCGACGAUCAAGAUGAAUGAUGUUUGUCUUAAUGUUGAAAUUUUUGCGGGGUUUUUGGUUGAUAAUGUUAUUUGGAGGAUUUCUUCGGUUGCGUUGAGGAAUUUGUGAAAUCAUAAAUCAACUUUUGAAUGAAAUUUUAUAUUGGACUAGGUGUUUUCAAAUCGAAAUGAUUUUUUACUAUACUUUUACCCAUAAACCCGAAAGGUUCUUCGUCUACCCUGACUAAUCUUUCUGCUACGUGCAGACUCCAUUGUUGGCGGCCAAAAACAGGCUCGUCGAGCCGGAUGAUAAUUUAUUCAUACUUUGUCUAAACUUUGGUAGCUUAGGGAACUCGCAAACGCACUUGAGAGAUGGGCCAAACCAGUGUUUUUGUCGCCAUUUGUCCUUAAAGUGUAUUGUUACAAUGAGAGCUCGAAAAAAGUGGUCGAAAUGGCGAUUGUUUUGAAAUUUUUUGGCGGAUUUUCCUUCGAUUUUUUCCAAAAUUUUCCAGUUUUGAACCCUUCUCCUCAAAAUUGCAAAGUCGGUUUGACUUUUUUCCUCCCGGGUAAAUUAAACAAAGUCUCGUUAGCCGCUUUUUGAUGGGCUCUUUUGAACAGAAUUUGACUGAAAAAUUGAAGGAAAUUUGGUCAAAGUUCAACAACUUCUUCUUUUAAAGUUUCAAGUGGGGAAGUUGCGAUAUUUUGCAGAUUUUUUUCACAUUUAGCAAUGGAAUGAAUCCCAUAUUUUACGUGUCGUGCCAAAAAGUCUCUACAUGUUUGCACUGCGCGCCGUCGCCGAAAAAACCUUGUCGCACGGCGACGAGUAAAAUUCACAGUGCACGACAAUCACACACAGUGCGAAAUGAACGCUUUUGAAAAGGAAUAGAGACAGUGCAAAUGAAAAACACACUGUGCAAUUUCAUCGCGCGAUGUACGCUUUGAUCGCCCUUUUCAAAAGCAUUCAUUUCGCACUGUGUGUGGUUGUUGUGCACUGUGAAUUUUACUCGUCCCCGUGCGACAAGGUUUUUUCGGCGACGGCGCGCAGUGCAAUAAUGUCAAGACUUUUUGGCACAGCAAGUAAAAUAUGGGAUUCACUCCAUUGCUAAAUGUGAUAAGAAUUCUGCAAAAUUUCGCAACUUUCCCACUUGAAAGUUUAAAAAAAAGUUGUUGAACUUUGGCGAACUCAUUUUCCUUCAUUUUUUCAGUCAAAUUCUGUUCAAAAGAGACACCAUAAAAACAUGUCAAGUCUUUUUGGCCAGUCUAGUAAAAUCAGAAUAAAUUUUUGAGAUUUUUUGAUUUUUAAGAAAAUUAAAAAUAGUUUUUUUUUUUAAAUUUUAUUCAAUUCCAGAUGCCAGAAUUCCUCCUUCAAAGGCCCACGAAAAUAGUCACAGUGGUGGACCAAAAAACAAAUGCCAAAUACAUUCAACUCAAUCAGUACCGCCUUAUGGAAGAGAUCGGCCAAGGAAGCUACGGCAUCGUCAAAUUGGCCUACAAUCAGGAAGAUCACAAUUUAUAUGUGGGUUUUGGAGGGGUUUUUUUAAACAUGUACUAGCGAAAACUUUCGUAUUUUACAUAUUUUUUUUUUUUUUUUUUGAUUUUUGGGAUUUUUUGGAAUGUUUUUGAUGUUUUUUUAUUGUUUCAGGCCAUGAAAGUGCUGGAUAAAGCCAAGUUGCUCAAGAAUUUUGCCUGCUUUCGUAAGUUUUCUUUAAUUUAAAAAAAAAUUUUUUUUAUUUUUUUUUCAAAUUUUUUUUCGUUUUUAAAAUUUCCUUAGUUCCUGAUGACAUCUAAACCAAACAUUUACCCCAUUUUUUCCUCCAGGAGCUCCCCCCGCCCGCCGGAAUCGCCAAACCUCCGCCGUGCACAAGGACCCCCUAAUCCUGAUCAACAAAGAGAUCGCCAUCCUCAAGAAACUCCGCCACCCCAACAUUGUAACCCUCGUGGAGGUGGUGGACGACCCCAGCGACAAGUAUCUGUACAUGGUGUUCGAAUACGUGGAGCAUCGGACGCUGCUCGAACUGCCAACCGACACCCCGCUGGACGAGGAAACUGCCUGGAAAUACUUUCGAGACACCGUCAAAGGACUGGAAUAUUGUGAGUUUUGGAUGAAUUGGGAGGUGGGGAAGUCUGUAGAGGAGAUUUGAAAAAAAAUUUGGAAUGUUUUUUUAUGUGAAAAAUGGAUUUUUUGAAUUUUUUUGAAGUUUUUGUCAUUUUCUAGAUUUUUUUUAAUUUUCGGAUUUUUAAAAUUUACGUUCACCUUUAAAAUUUUGAUCGAUGUAGACUAUAAAAUAGUGUAAAUUAUGUGGCCAGCAAUAUUUUUUUUAUUUUCGGCGAUAUCCGAUAUUAAAAUCCGAAUUUUUUUGCAAUUUUCUCAAAAAAAUUUUUUUUUGAUAUUUCAUGUUUAGGUUUCAAUUUAUCAUGUUUUAUCCGUAUUUUACUUUCAGUACACUACCAAAAAAUCGUUCAUCGCGACAUCAAACCUCAAAACCUUUUGCUUUCCGAAUCAAAUCAGGUGAAAAUCGCGGACUUUGGAGUGUCCUGCGAAUUCGAAGGAAUCGACGCGUUUUUAAGUGGAACCGCUGGUACCCCAGCCUUCAUGGCGCCCGAAGCUCUUAUUGGUAAGUUGUUUUGCUCUUAUUUCUCUUCAUUCUAUAGGUCUCACAACGUUUUUGUAUCAAUUUCGUCGAUUUCUGACAAGACCCAGGGCGCAGCUCGCCGAUUUUUUGACUAAUUUUUUUUGAUCCCAAUAUCCGCUAUAUUGAGCAAAAGUCAUUUCAGAGGACUCCUCACAGUUCUACUCAGGCCGAGCGCAGGACAUCUGGUCCCUGGGAAUCACACUAUACGCCUUGGUUUACGGUAACACACCCUUUGUCGAUGGUUAUAUUAUGGCGUUGCAUCGAAAAAUCAAAAAUGAUCCGGUCAUUUUCCCGGAUGAGUAAGUCGAUUGAAGCGUAAAUUUGAUAGAUCAUGUGUUUUUUCAGACCAGAGAUAUCACAACAACUCAAGGACCUGAUAUUGCUCAUGCUCCGAAAAGACCCCGGAUUGAGGAUAAAUCUCAAUGAAGUCAAGGUAAGUGGGAGUGGAAUAGAGUGAUUCUAACGUGGUUUGAAAGAUUGGGAAUAAUUUUUUGAUAUUGUUGAGUUUUGGAUCAAAAAUUAUAUUAUACUUGAUAUUUGAUCGAUUUUUGGUCAAAAUUGGGGGUUUUGAUGGAGUUUGUUGGAUCUAAAGGUUUUCUAUGAAAUUUUAAGGGUCUAAAAUUAAUUUGGGAGCUUUUGGAGCUUUAGUUCUUUUGAAAUUUUAGAAAAAAAAUUAUUUUUUUUCCGAUUUUUUGGAGAAUUUUUUGUAAAUUUUCAAAAAAAUUUGAAAAUUUUUGCCUUUUUUGGUGUUAAAAAUAAGGCUAAUGCUGUGGUUUAAUUCCAGGCCAACCCAUGGGUAACGAAGAACGGGCUGUGGCCAAUGCCCACCGAAGAAGAGAACUGCACUUUGGUCAGCAUCACCGACGAAGACGUCCGAAAUGCCGUCCGUUCCAUCCCUCGACUCGACACUCUCAUCCUCGUGAAAGCGAUGGGCCAUCGGAAACGAUUUGGCAACCCAUUCCGAACGAACUCAACCUCUUCGACGUCAUUGAGGUUGAGGAGAAAGUCGUCGUCGGUGAAAGAUCAGAAAUACGUGGCAAAUUCGUCGGACACUGAGAUGAUGGACGUCACAGAGCAAAAAGAUAUGACGUAAGGAAUUUUUGGCCUUUUUUUUGGAGGGUAAUUGCGAGUUUUUGGGAGUUGGGUAGGGCGCAGGUCGCGGAUUUUGAAAUUGUAAAAAAUUACAAUUUGAAUGUUUUGAAGAUUUUUGAUUCACUUUCUGUGGGAAGGAAAUAAUUAUAUUUCGUAUUUUAAAUCACGAAUUACGAUAUUUUAGAUUGGUCAGGACGCAGCUCGGAAAUUCAAAAAAAUUAUUUUUUGUUGAUUUGUAGUGUAAAACUUGUGGUGUUAAAUCCGAAAUCUAGGAUUUAAAGUUGUGAAAACAGUGUUUUGAAGUUUUGCAGUACUUUUUGCCGUGUUUGUAGGGCGCAGCUCGGGAAAUGAAAAAUCUUAGAAUUUAGGAUUUUUUGAAGUUGAAAAUAAAAUAGUGUUGAUUGAAGCAAAAGCAAGCAAUUUUUUUCUUUAUUUCAGCACGUUUUUUAUAAUUUUUUGAAGGUAGGACGCAGCUCGCGAAACGAAAAAUUUUUGGAUUUUGGAUUUUUUGAAUCUGAAAUUAAAAGGAUUUUGGCCGUAGAAAAAUCUAGCAAAUUUUUUUAUGCUAUAAACUGGUUUUUAUAUUUUUUGAGGGUAGGGCGCAGCCCGCGAAACGAAAUUUUGCUUUUUUUCGAUUAGACACCGGAUUUUGGGAUUUUAGAACCCUGACAGUUACACAAUUUAAUAUUUUUGAUAAUUUUGACUUAUUUCAGACCCGACCGACCCGCUUCCACCCAAGAAAACGAGGUCAUGACCAAGAUGGACACGAUCCGAAUCAGCUCCCCCGCCUGGAUGGACGAACUGAAUCACCGCACCCACUGA